AGGAAAACGAAUCCUUGCGAUAUUUUGACAUAUUACCGAUGGUCAUCCAGGGUCAUCCACAAGACAGGGCACCGUUGAUAACUAGACUGAGCCGGACGGACGCAAGAUCGCUAGUCACUGUUUACUGACCUGCGCUGAGCGUUCCAGUUGUGACAGCUGCUGAACUUUGGGCUGAAACUCUGCCGGAGUCUUUGCACUGGACAAGUAUUGGGGGCGUGUUUUUAAUUCAGGGCGUGAUUUUAAUUCAGCGAGCCAGCUCUCUCUCUCUCUCUCUCUCAACCAGGAAACGUUUCUCAAGAGCGCUGUCAGUCCGGGCAUUUCUUUGUCGCUACGCGAACAUGGCUCACCGUCUGUUUGAGGGCAAGGAACAUGCUGCCGCCUACCAGAAGUACAGAAUCUCCCCUUCAGAAACGCUGAUGGGAAAAGUCGUGGAUUUCCUGGAGAGAAAGAAAGGGAAGCCGUUUGAUCUGGCGGUGGACGUGGGCUGCGGUUCGGGACAGGGGACGGUCCUUCUCGCCCCGCACUUCAAGCAAGUAAUCGGGACGGACAUCAGCCCCGCGCAGCUGGAGAUGGCCAGGGCCUGUAGCUCCGCCCCCAAUGUCUCCUAUAGGGAGAGCGCGGCCGAGGACCUGCCCUUCGCCGACGGCUCGGUGGACCUGGUGACGGCGGUGACGGCCGCCCACUGGUUCGACGUGCCGCGCUUCCUGCGGGAGGCCGACCGGCUGCUGGGGCCGCGGGGCUGCCUGGCGCUGCUGAGCUACACCAUGGACAUGGAGCUGCAGUACGGGGAGGAGGACUGCUCCCGCAGGCUCAACCAAGUGUGCAGAGAGUUAUACGCGGCCUUGUGGACGUAUCGCAACCCUCACCUAGGAGCUGACUCCGUCGUCCAGUACAAGAAAAUCUUUGACUCCAUCCCGUACCCAGAGAAGGAAUGGAACGACUGCGUGUGGGAAAGGAAGAAAAUUACUCUGGGCCAUUACAUUGGUAUGGUGCAGUCCUUCUCCAACUACCAGACUAUGCUGAAAAAGGACCCAGAAAAGGCCAGGAGGCUGUCCCAGGACUUCACAGACAAGUUUCUGGCGGUCAUGGGGGCCUCCUCGGUGGAGACGGAGGUCGUCUUGGGGGUGAGGUAUUUCUACGUGCUGGCCCGCAAGCCUUAGGCGCGGCCACGGUCCGGCUGCGUCCCUGGCCUGAGGCUAACGCACCGAUCCGCUGUCUUACUCGUCCGGCGAAUGGCCGACAGCCGUGGUUCACCCGAGCGCACACGUUGAAAGCUAUCACACGCACGCCAGCAUAAAUAACAAAACAAAGAGAUUAAAAGAGAUAAUCAUAAUCAUAUACUGUGUACGUUAGCACGUAUGCCAUCCACCUAGUUACGGUUUAUACAGCACCGAGAGUUUGGCACUCUUAAGGGUUUCCUACUGAAAGAAUCGCAACGACCACAGACUCUCAGCCCGUAAGUUUGCUUCUGUACCUUCUGACCUUGUGUAAAUGUGCAGCAUUCAGAUACAACCCGCAAAAUAAAGCCUCAAACCUGGGUUA